AUGGCCCCUCGGCGCCUCCUCUUGGUUGGGGAGGGGAAUUUCUCCUUCGCCGCCGCCGUGAGCGAGACCCUGGACCCGAGCACUAGUCUAACGGCCACCUGCCUCCAGCGCCCCGCCGACUUCGCGGGGGACCCGGCGGCCCGGGAGAACCUGCGGCGCCUGCGCGAGCGAGGUACAGAGAUACGUUUUGGUGUGGACUGCACCCAGCUGGCAGAUGCCUUCGAACCGCACGACAGGGCGUUCGACCGAAUUUGUUUUAACUUUCCGCACUGUGGACGCAAAGCUGGAGUAGCUAGGAACAGGGAACUGCUUGCCAAGUUUUUCCAGAGCUGUGCAGAUGUUCUUGCAGAGGAAGGAGAAGUCCACGUGGCAUUGUGUAGAGGACAAGGUGGGACUCCUGCUGAUAAUCCCACAAGAGAAUGGCACAACAGUUGGCAAGUGGUUGCCAUGGCAGCUCUAGGAGGAUUUAUUUUAAGUGAGGUGCAUCCCUUCAGCUGUGAGGCUGUGCCAGGGUACAGGUGCACUGGAUAUAGGAGUCAAGAUAAGUCAUUUCAUGUAGAAGGUGCUUUGAACCAUAUCUUCACCCGGAGCUUACCCUUUAAAGGUUCGCAACCGAGAAUCUUCAGGGUCAAAUUGGGUGACCAGUGGUUUUCUUUUCCAGAACCAGAAGCACUUGUAGGAAAGUUGAACAGAGGUUUCCUAGAAACAUCUUCCUGUCAUCCUAUCAAAACCAUAAAUGAGAAACUGAUUUCUGAACUGGGGAAAGCUUUCCCUCUAAAAAGGCUGAAGUGUCCCUUCCCUUUGCUGCCACCUGAAGAAACCAGUGUUCUCACUUCCUGGAACUGUGACAUUCUAUCAACUGUCUUUUGGAUUCAUCUCCUUGAGGAUAACUCAAAUUCUGAGUCCCUGACUGGUGGGACAACAGAAGACAUGGAGGACUUUCUAGUGUCACUUUCCGAACUUAGCUUUCCCAAGAGCCCUGGAAGAGAUGGUAAGGAAGAAUCUCAUGAAGGACUCUAUGCCCAAGCCAAGAUCUGGCUUAGGCCGUCGCUCCUAGUUCAUGUUCAGACUGUCAUCCAAGCACCAGACUUCCUCCCAGGUUCUUUGUACAUCCUCAGUGGACCUGUCUUUCAGAAGUGUCACAUCUUACCUUUCACAAUGCCAGCAUUUCACGAGACUUUACUUAUCCUUGGGUUUAAUAAAAAUCCGAAGGAUGACUGUCUUCAGUCACUACGGAACCACCUGAAGGGCAUUCUAGAUAGCCUUCUGACUCAGACAUUGCUGGAGGGUUCUAAACAGAGCAAUUCAGUAGAAUUUGUCUUUCAACCAAAUGGGAAAGAUUAUAUGAUUAAUGUGAAGUCUCAUAAUUUUGGCCCAGGUUGUGCCAAGGAUCUGAGUAUUGGGUCUGUUACCACAUCUAUUCCAAGCAUUAUACAUGAAGAACAGUGUUUUGUGUUUGUGUCUAUGAACUUGGACCUAUUAGCCAUGCUUGUCUGGGGUAUCUCUGACUGGAGGAUGUUGUGGACCUUUGAUAAACGUUUUCUGAAGAAUUUUGUCCCUGAGAAAAUAGAACCCUUUAAAAGUUAUUCCCUAUAUCCUCCAAUCUAUGUGCAUGAUAUUAGUUUUUGGUUAGAUGAGAAAAAAGGAUUUGAUGAACUAGAGUUUCACACUGUGGCCCGAGCAGUGUCCCAAGACACUGUCAUAUCCAUACAAUUCCUUAGUCGUUUUCAGCACCCCAAGACUAAGCAGGUCAGUCUCUGCUAUAGACUGACCUACCAGACCUGUGACAAGGCCCUUACCCAGCAGCAGGUAGCAUCAAUGCAGUCCCAGUUUAGGAAAGAGAUUCAACGACUACAUCUGACACCUCGGUAGUUUGGUAAAUUCAUUUCUGCAGCAUGAUCCUUAUGAGUAUGAGAUGAAAAAACUCAUUUGUAACUGGGCAUCCUCUCUGGACUAUUUUUUUGUAAAAUCUUUUACCUUGUGACUGUUGACUCUAAAGGUACCUUGUGAUUCGAUUAUUUAAACUUAUAGACUAUAAUGUGAUUGGAGACCUUUGGAGUUGUGCAGUAUUUUGAUCCUGAGUAAUGACUAGGAAAAUAAAUCAAACAUCAUCAUGUACUUUAGAUGCUCUAUUGCUAAAGAGGCAAUAGAACUUGAAUGUCUCAUCAAAUAUAUAUAAACUAGAGGCCCAGUGCACAGAUUCAUGCACCAGUGGGGUUCCUUGGUCUGACCUGCGCCCUCUCGCAAUUUGGGACCCCUUGGCAGAUGUCAGACUGCAGGCCAGGCCGAGGGACCCCACUGGUGCACGAAUCCGUACACCGGGCCUCUAGUAUGCAUAUAAGAUCUUUGGUUAAUCUCUUCCGGCCCCCUCUUGCCUGCUUCUUGCUGAGAUUCAUCAGUCUGUUCCAUGUUUCCAUGCCUAUGCAUUGAGCGUCUGCCCCCUGGUCAAUGUGGAUCAUAGUGAAUGGUUGAAUGGUCGCUUAGGCUUUUAUAUAUACAUAUAUAGAUAUAUAUUUUUUCACACUGUCAAUCCCUCUUUCUUUAACUCUAUUGUAUCAUCUCAAUCUGUGUACAAGAGUGCUUUUUAGUCAGACCAACAUUUAUUAGCUUGGGUAAGUUGCAAGUGCUUCAUUGGUACCAUCAUUAUCUUCAUCAUCAUCAUCAUUUUAAUCAGUGGUUAACUAUUGUGAAAGUCAUGGAACUAAUAGGUAUCAGAUUUAGAGUUUAUAUUUGGAUCUGACUCUACAGCCCAAGUACUUUCUGCCACUUUGUUAUUUUACUUCCCUUUCCCUGGUCUUCAACAGUAGUCUCUCUACUGUAAUUAUCUCUAAAGUUUGUCCCCCUCCUAGAUAUGGGGGCCUUCUGU